AUGCCAAAUUCUAAUUGGCUUUUAAAAAAAGACACUGCUAGUAGUGGUCGUUCUCAACGAAGCAUUCCUCAUAUUUUAAGUGGCAUCUUUCCUGGUUUAAGACAAAUAAUGAACGAAAACAAUAACAACGAUAUUAUUAAUAAUUCUUCUCCUGCGAUUACCAUAUCUACAUCUACCACAACUAAUAUUAAUACUAAUAAUACUACAACAGCUUCUGCAACGACAAAUAUACAAUCACCGUCUAAUUAUGAUGAUUUUAAUAGACAACCACGUACCUCAGAUGUUUUUUCUGAAGCUAGAACUGAUUUCAUACAUCUUUACGAUACAAACAAUUUGUCAAAUUAUGAAAUUAACAAAAAUAAUAAGAAAGAAUCUCUCACUCGUAACAAAUUUCCUGGUUCAAAAAACACAUAUUAUAGAAAUAUCUUUAUUAAUGAUAAUUCUUCACUUCAUAGAAUAGGAAAUGUUUGUUGCAGACAAUUUAAUCCAACAAAUCAUUCGAUUUACACAAUAUUAGUACCAUCAAUAAUAUUUCUAAUAGGAAUAUUACUUGGUUUAGUUACCUAUUUUGUAUUGAUAAAAAACCAAAAACAGAAUUUCGAUGACUCAAUUUUAUAUAAUUGUGAUGAACGUAUGAAAGCUAUAAUCAAUGGUUUUAUUAAUAGUUUGGAUAUAACAAGAGAUUUUCUAGCCUUCGUCACUGUUGCUACAAAUAUUAAUAUUACAGCUGUAAAUCAAAAUGAUAAGCGAUUACUUUGGGAAAAAGAUAAUGGACCGAUAAAUGAAUUAAAUGCUAACGGUGAAUUCGUAUAUCGUGGAAAUGCUUCUGAAUAUUUUCCUAUUCAAUAUUCAUAUCCUAUACCACGCGCAACUUAUUAUGAUAUCUUUUCAGAGUCUAAGCGUGCUUCAUCUAUUACAAAAGCAAGAGAAACAAAAAACAUGACUUUAACUAAUAAGUUACCAUUAGCUAGUAACGCGAGCAUCGGAGGAAUUUUUGUAUUUUUUCCUUUUUAUGCAAAUGCAUUUAGCAAAAAUAACCCACCUGACUCAGAUGUUGAUGGCGUUAUAUUUGGCAUCUAUGAUAUUGACACAAAUUUUGCAAAUAUUUUGAACCAAUUAAAUGAUGUUGGCGUUGCUCUUCGAAUAUUAGAUCACGAUGAUGACGAUUCUGUCUUAUUUGAUUCCAGAUUACAAUCAAAUCAAACAAUAUAUCGUGCUCAACCUCCUUUUGUUUCUGAGCACCAAGUUUUGGACAGAGCUUGGAAAUUUGAAUGUUAUGUCUCGGAAUCUUUAUACCAAUCGGCAAUUCCCCAUGUUAUUCCUUCUAUUUCCUUGGUCAUUUUCAUAAUUUUUUUUGGUUUUUUAGGUUUAUUAACUUCUAAAUACUUUAAAAAAUAUUUAUACACCAGGGAUAUGGCUAACAUUCAAACUCAAAAAUUAGGCAGAACUCAAAGUUUACUCAAAGCAAUGACUGCUGAUAGUAAGGCUGUAUUAGAAGCGAUAGCUGACCCUUUGGUUGCCUUGAAUUCAAAAGGUGAAAUAGUUGGCGCAAACAAACAUGCUUUAAAAUUGACCGGUUAUUCUCCUGACGACAUCAAAGUUGAAAAUAAAAUGCAUAUAAGUCAUUUACUAUUACCUCAUCCUGAUACUCCUCCAAUUUUUGAUGAUAAUAAUAAUGGUAUUGGCUUAACAAGAGAUUCAAAUCAAUCGGAAGUGGCUGUCAGACCUGGUAUGAAAGAUGUAUUUGCAAGAAGAAAGGAUGGUACCACUUUUGAAUCCGAAGCAAACUUUUCCCAACCUGUUGUUGAAAAAAAUUAUUUCACUCAAGUUGUAAUGUUUAGAGAUGUCACUUUCAAAAAAGAAAAUGAAAGGGCUGUAAUCGAAGCAAAAAAUGAGGCUGAUCUGGCAAAUCAAUCUAAAACCGAAUUCUUAUUUUUCUUAUGUCACGAAAUUCGUAAUCCAGCUCACGCCAUAUUAGGUUUCGUAGAUAUGUUACAAAAGUCUUUAAAAAAUCAAUACGAAGAAUUAGAUUAUAUCACGGCAGCAGGAAAAUUUUUGAAUUUCAUAGUAAACGAUGUGCUUGAUUUAACUCAUCUGACAAAUCCUUCUCCUUACGAAAUAGAAUUAAAAUCUGAAGAAAUGGAUCCUUAUUUGUUAAUUCAAAAUAUUGCUAAAAUCCAAUCAAUUGAGGCCUCAAGUAAAAGGAUUAACCUGAAGACCAUCAUACAUAGUGAUCUCCCGAAAAAAUUAUAUAGCGAUCCGCAUCGAUUAGAACAAGUGUUAAAUAAACUGUUGGCCAGAUCAAUUGAAGUUUCACCGGAGGGCAGUGUUAUCGAAUUAGAGUUACAGGUAUUAAAACAAAGUAAAUCAAAAGGUGUUCUAACAAGAGUUUCUGUAAAAGAUCAUAGCAAAGGAUUUCGUACAGACGAGGAAAUUUCGGAAUUGUUUAAACCUUACUCGAAAACAAAUUCAAGUAUUGGGUCAAGGUUUCAUGCUCAAGGUUUAUCAAUGGCAUUAGCUCAAGCUAUUAUUAAGGUUAUGGGUGGUAGAUUAACGGUUGAUAAAAUCACAAAAUCUACUCAACAUGCUAGUAGAGUUUGGUUUGACAUAUGGAUAUUAACUGAAGAUGCAAAAUAUUCAAUCAGAGAAUCAUUUGAUACAAAUAUUAGUAGAAAUGGAUCUAGUGGUGGUGGCGAUGGACUUGGUUACGUAUUAUUUAACAGUAAAUUUGGUAGCGCUCCCAGUUCAACUGAUGGUAGAAAUCUUAAUUAUGUAUUAGAAGUGGACACAAUUGAUUCUGAUAAUAAAGCACAAUUAAGAAGUUCUAAAAGCAUGUCAAUUGCAAUGCCUAAACGUAGCCAUAAAUCUUAUAAAAAUGCACCUCAUAAAAUAAACUCAAAGCAAUCAAAAAUGACAACAAGUGGUGAAGAAUCAGAUGAUGAUGUCCGUAGUAUUAAUAAACAACAAUCUAAUUCGAUAAAUAAUAAUAAAGAUAGCGGUAUUAGUAGUAGUAUUAGUAAAAAUAACACUUUUAUUAGGAAAGGUUCAAUAAUGUUGGCAGUAUUAGAGGAGCUAGUUUUAAAUAAUAAUGAUUCCAUAAAUGAUGACUUACAAGAAGACUAUCAUUCUUCGCCGCAACAACAAAUCAAUGCUGAUGAUAAUAAAUCAAGUAAUAAUGUCAAUUCACCACGAUCGUCAUCAAAUCAUCCAUUACACAUAACGCUUCCCAAUACAAUAUCCAUAACAAACAAAGAAAAUUCACCAUCAUCAAACGCGCCUCAUACACCUCCACCAUCAUCACAUGCACCUAGACCACCGUCAUUGAUUAUGUCCGCCUAUUUGGCGCAAAGAGUCACCUCGAAAAUGUUACUGAGAAAUAAUUUUACGGUUGAAUUAGCAAAUCACGUUGAAGUUAGUGGCACUGACAAUGUUAAGGUUGAUAAUGGUGAUAAGUUUUGGAAUGACGAUGGUAACAAUGAUAACAAAGUGAUUUAUAAUGCUGAUGAUAUAGGCUAUUGUUGUAUACUAAUGGAUAUUAUAACACCUGUGAUGAAUGGAUAUGAAGCAACAAAACUAUUAAGAGAUAAUGGUAUCGAUAUACCUAUAUUAGCCUUGACAGCUAAUAGUUUUGGUAGUGAUGUUAAAAAAUCUACAGAAGUUGGUAUGGAUGCGUUUUUAACUAAGCCGAUAAACGAAACUCAAUUGAUUAAUGCAAUUAACAAAGAGAUAGAGAAUUAUAAAAAUAAUAAAUUGCAACAUCAACUUAAAAAAGCAGUCGAAGAUGAAGAUGAAAUAUAUAUUGAACAAUCACCACAAUCUUUACAUUCAUUAAGGUCUUCUUGA